AACCAAUGUAGAUGGGUAAGAAAAAACCAAAAAGCACUCACACACUGUCCAGUCUCAGUGUUUCACUCUCUUAUUUUUCUAUUCUCAAUUUCUAUUUCACACUCACACCUACUAUAAGAGCCCAAAAGCAAGGCGCAACCAUCUCCACCACCACCACCACCACCGAAAGCGCGCCACGCCAUACCUCGGAAACCACCGAGGGGUUUCUCUCCUGUUCUUUGUCUUGCUGGGUUUUUGGGUCUGAGCGACCCAAUUGUUAUUGAUGGGUUGUGCGGCCUCGAAGCUCGACAAUGAAGACAUGGUGAGGCGGUGCAAGGACCGGCGCCGCCUCAUGAAAGAAGCCGUCCACGCUCGCCACCACUUGGCUGCUGCUCACGCCGACUACUGCCGCUCCCUCCGCGUCACCGGCUCUGCACUCACUCACUUCGCCGCCUAUGAACCCCUGGCCGUUUCUGACCAGACCCCCGCCGUCUUCCUCCACCCUCCGCCGCAGCAGUGCCAGAAAUAUCCACCGCCUCCCUCCGUCAAACCCAUGUCGCCACGAGUUCUAUCUCCCUCCCCGUCGCUACGCCAACCUCCACCGCCGCCAUUUUCUCCGUUUCCAGCUCAUUCUCCCACCAUAGCCAGCUCUAAGCUACCCCACAUACAUUCUUCCUCGUCUCUCGCCUCUUCGGCUGCUUCAUCCCGGAGCCACCACCUCCAGCGCCGCCGCAAACAGCAACAGCCGAAGCUUCCCCACAUUCUGUCGGAGUCGAGCCCGUCGUCUUCCCCUCAGAGCCAGAAGUCCAAUUUCACGACUGGGUUUCCCACAGCUUUCCAGGCCAACUCGACCUAUACCAGUACUCCAUCUCAGGCAUCAUCGAUUUGGAACUGGGAAAACUUCUAUCCUCCUUCACCGCCCGAUUCUGAAUUCUUCAAUCAGCGGCGGGCCGAGCCGAAGCAGUUCCAACACGAGAAGCAGUCUAAUCACGACAACGAUGAUGAAGGUGAUUCCGAAUUGGGAAUGGAAACGGAGACAGAGACCGAAAGAUCGGAGUACGAUUUUUUUCACCCGAAGGGUCAACAAGACCACCUUCAUCACCAGAAGCACGACUUUACCGAGACGGAGAGGGAAGAGGUCCAGUGCAGCGAGUGGGGCGACCAUUACAGCACAACGAGCUCGUCUGAGGAUGAAGAUGACGAUAGGGAUUCGAGAUCCGAGAUGGGUGUGCACUCGAAUUUCGGAUCGUCGACUCGGGCGGAGUCGGUGAGUGCUGCACCUGCUCCUGCUCAGCCUCCACCGCCACCCAAGUACGCGGCCAGUACCAGCAAGUCCGAGAGGAUGACGGAGCACUCGUCGGCGAACUACAGGGAGAUAUCGGACAUGAAAAUGGUGGUGAGGCACAAGGAUCUUAAGGAAAUCGUGGAGGCUAUUAAAGAGAAUUUUGAGAAUGCCGCGGCGGCAGGAGACCAGGUUUCGGAAAUGCUCGAGACUGGGAGGGCUCAGCUUGAUCGGAGUUUUAAGCAGCUUAAAAAGACGGUUUAUCACUCGAGCAGUGUACUCAGUACCUUGAGCUCGAGCUGGACCUCAAAACCGCCCCUGGCUGUCAGGUAUAGGCUCGACGCCACCUCACUCGAACAACCGGGCGGUCCAAAAAGCCUUUGCUCCACUUUGGACCGGCUCUUGGCUUGGGAAAAGAAGCUUUACGAGGAAGUGAAGGCAAGAGAAACUGUCAAGAUUGAGCAUGAAAAGAAGUUGUCAUUGCUACAAAGUCAGGAGUACAAAGGAGAAGAUGAAAUUAAGCUAGACAAGACCAAAACUUCCUUAAAGAAGCUGCAGUCACUUAUUAUAGUCACAUCUCAGGCCGUUUCUACAACCUCAACUGCCAUCAUUGGUCUCAGAGACUCUGACCUGGUUCCCCAGCUCGUUGAACUCUGUCACGGGUUUAUGUAUAUGUGGAGAUCAAUGCACCAGUACCAUGAAAUUCAAAAUAAUAUUGUGCAACAAGUUCGUGGCCUUGUGAACAGAACGUUGAAGGGUGAAUCAACUUCUGAGCUACACCGGCAGGCAACUCGUGACCUCGAAUCAGCCGUCUCUUCAUGGCAUUCCAGCUUUUGCCGCUUAAUAAAGUUCCAACGGGACUUUGUUAGGUCACUUCAUGGAUGGUUCAAGCUCACUCUUACUCCUGUUGACAAUGACAAUGUCAAUGGCAACAGGGAGCCCUCCGAUGUGUAUGUCUUCUGUGAUGAAUGGAAGCUUGCACUUGAUCGCGUUCCAGACACAGUGGCAUCUGAGGCCAUCAAGAGCUUUAUCAAUGUUGUCCAUGUGAUAUCCGCCAAGCAAAGUGAAGAGCUCAAGGUAAGAAAACGCACUGAAAGUGCAUCAAAGGAGCUCGAGAAGAAGGCAUCAUCUAUCCGAAACUUGGAGAGGAGAUUCUAUCAGUCAUACUCCAUGGUUGGUAUUGGGAUGCCCGACUCUGGGCCAGAAAACGGAUUAGUCUUGGAUGCUCGGGACCCGCUUGCUGAGAAAAAGACAGAACUUGCAGCUUGCCAGAGACGAGUUGAAGAUGAGAUGAUGAGGCAUUCCAAGGCAGCGGAGGUAACAAGGGCCAUGACUCUAAACAAUCUUCAAACGGGUUUGCCAGGAGUGUUCCAAGCACUGACCAGCUUUUCUUCCUUAUUUACCGAGGCACUUGAGUCAGUUUGUACUCGAUCCUAUUCAAUAAAAUAGUGUUCUCAAGGAAAGUAAAAACUGAGUACUCUGUUGGCCUGUAUGCAAAUUACAAUUAAAAGUGUCUUUUCAAUUUUGCAGUCUACAAAAUGACCCCAUUUCUGGUCCAUACUUUAACUGAAGCCCCUUUUAUCAAGAACACAAAUGAAAACGCAUAUGGGCAGGGAACGUGUUGACUGGUUCCAAUUUGACUCGUAUAAACUCUCUUCUCAGCACCUUCCUUGCCCCCUCGACAAGCUCCAAGAAUGAUAUGAUAUUUUGACAAAUAUUAAAUAUUGCAUGAAAAGUAUUAUAGUGUUUAUCUUAAAAUUCUUACUAUUGAAGUACAUGAAAUUGAGAAUUGGAUAAGAUACAAUUUCCUUUAACUUUUUCAAUGAGAUUAGGGGAUUAUUUAAGAUGUUGGAUUAAUUUUUCAAUAUCUUCUCCAGUUUCAUAAUAAAUUCACAUGAUAAAAAUGAUCCAAUCUUACUAUCAAAACAUGAUCUUAUAUAAUCCAUCAUCAAUUAUAAUGGGAAGUUUCUCAUUAUAUGCAUGAAGUAGUGUUAUAAUUAAAAUAAUUCCUCUCUUUUAUUAAUAUAACAAAAAAAUUGCUAUUGUUUCCAAAAUUUCAUAAAAUACCCUUAUCAUAACUCCUCUCUUUCUUCACUCUCAACGCUAAACCAAUUCCCUCUACCCCAUGGCGGCUCCUCCACCCACCAGCUCAACUAUGCAGUGCACCACACACCGUCCCUCCCGACCUUCUUCUUCUCCACUCAACUCGUCGAAAUUGUCCAAAGCUUAGUAUUGGAGUACAAAAUCAAUGGUUAAGUACAUAGGGUGUUAAAUGUUGUGAUGGGUGUUGUUUUUUUAAUACUUAUUAUCAUAUUUCGAACAGAUUUGUUGCUAUAUUUGUGUUCUUGGUUUUUCUUGUAUUAGGAUAUGGUUUUUUUCUCGAAAUUUUAAUGAUUCAUCUCGAUGGACCUCAAUAGGCCUUGCCGAGCCUCGAUGGCAUUGUUAGGAUUAAGGAAGAAUAAGGUCCUCGAUGGACCUUUAUGUAUUUUGUUAUUUUUUUUACAUGAAUACACCUUGCUAUACCUCGAUGAUGCUUUUGUAUUUUCUUUUAGUUUUAUCAUGAAUACGCCUCACUAGACCUUGAUAACAUUUGUUAAACCUCGAUUAUCCUUUUGUAUUUUAUUUUAUUUUUUUACAUGAAUACACAUCGCCACACUGAUGGACCUCGGUUGACCA